AUGAUGAAGCUGCGUAUUAUCAUAAAGGUAAUCUAUAUAAACAUUUAAAUUUUUAGGAGUGGUGUUACACAAUUUAAAUAGAUAUGAGGAAGAAAUUUAAUGUUAUAAUAAGGCUAUAUUCAUAAGACCAGAUUUUGAAGAGGCGUAUUGUAAUAAGGGUAAUAUAGAAGACAUUUAAUUAUUAGGGGUGGCAUUACCUGUAAUAAUUAAAUCAAUGA